AUGCCUCGAAGAGUAGGUGCUAGAAACGACAAGAAGCCGCUGAAAACAUUGCGGAAAAAACAGCGUCUUAUUUUAGACAAGCUCUCAGAAGCAAUCCGUUCUAACCUGACAAAGAUUCAGCGUCUUAAGAUCAAUGGUCUGGUUGUAAUUGAAGUUCAUCAGAGGGACAUAAUUGAGAAGCUUUACAAGGCCAAUUGUAAUGACGUGAAUGCCUUUGAAUGGAUCAGCCAACUGAGGUUUUACUGGGAUAAGGUAAGCCAGCAUAAAAUACCAACCAAUUAA